AUGCAUCUCGACUCCGACGCCGCCCGACGAGCCCAAUCGCCUUCCUUCCCGCUCCAGAAGAGCCUCUCCCCGGUCCGCAGCUCCGCCGCCGCCAAGUUCACCAAUGGGAAAGGUCACCCCCGGACCGACAGCAACGGUUCCGCCGAGUACACCAACGGGAAUAGCUCGCCGACCAUCGCGAAGCCGCUGCCGGCCCAGUGGCAUGGUCACGAUCGGGAGGAGGUGACGAGGAUCUUGAUCCAGAGCCUGUCGGACUUAGGGUAUCCGGGGGCGGCGAACCAACUAGUGAAGGAGAGCGGGUAUGAGCUGGAGGCGCCGACGGUGGCGAAAUUCCGGAGGGCAGUCUUGAGCGGGCAGUGGGGAGAUGCAGAGACAUAUUUGUUUGGCAAUUCUGCAGGAGACACGGAAGGGGGCGGGAAGAUGGCGUGGGGAUCAAGACUGCAGAGCGAGGAGGGGAGAAGAUCGCAUCCCUGGAACUCUCCAGGGCCGUCGAACGGAUUGACGUUGGGGGAAGGGGUAAAUCGGUGUGAGAUGAUGUUCUGGAUGCGGCAGCAGAAGUAUCUGGAGCUGUUGGAGUCGAGGGAUAUCAGUGCUGCGCUGAUGGUCCUUCGCAACGAGCUCACUCCAUUACAUCAAGACAUGGCAAGGUUACAUUCAUUAUCCAGUCUUAUGAUGUGCAAAUCGGCCGAGGAUGUGAGGCGUCAAGCACAGUGGGAUGGAACAAACGGGCAAUCAAGAAAACUGCUCCUGUCAGAACUGUCGAAAUCAAUAUCGCCAAGCCAAAUGAUCCCAGACCAUCGUCUAGCCAUUCUGCUGGGCGAAGUCAAGAGCGGCUGGAUUGACAAGUGCUUGUACCACAAUACCGCCGAAUCGCCCUCGCUAUAUCUGGAUCAUAUGUGUGAGCGCGAAGACAUGCCCCUAAACACCGUCACAACGCUAUCACAUCAUUCGGAUGAGGUUUGGUUCCUUGCCUUCUCCAAUGACGGGACACGAUUAGCCACAGCAAGCCAAGACAAAACGGUCAUCAUAUACGAGACGGCCACUUGGCAUACUCUGCUGACGUACACUGAGCACGAUGCAGGAGUAUGCUACUUGGCUUGGAGUCCCGAUGACAGGAAAAUAAUCUCCUGUGCAAGAGAGACGGACAACACCGCUAGAGUCUGGGACUCAAGAACCGGUAACACCCUCAUCAACCUUGACCGUUUCACCUACGCCGUCACGGCCGCCGCCUGGGCCCCCGAUGGGGAGACCUUCGUAACCGGCGCUCAAGACACCGACUGCGCCCUCUGCGUCUGGAACCUGCAAGGCGAGCGCCUCCACAUGUGGACGGAAGACAACUUCCGCGUCUACGAUCUCAGCCUCUCCCCGGACGGCCAACGCCUCGUGGUCCUCCUCGAGAUGCGGAUCCAGGUCUACGAUUUCGCCAGCCGCAAGAAGAUCUGCGACUGGAACCAGAGCGACUACAAGCUGACGUCAGUGAACAUCAGCCAGGACUCGCAGCAUAUGCUGGUGAGCAUGAACGACGAUACGAUAAAUCUGAUGGUCAUCGACACGGGGGAGGUGGUGCAGGGGUUUUACGGGCAUAAGCAGUCCAAAUUUAUGAUCCGGAGUGCGUUUGGGGGAGCCAAUGAGAACUUUGUGGUCAGCGGCAGUGAAGAUUCACGGGUACUCAUUUGGAGAACUAACGGCCAGUUGGUCGAGACACUAGAGGCCCAUCAACCUGCAUGUGUUAAUUCCGUGGUCUGGCAUCCGACCAACCCACACCUAUUCGCAUCGGCCGGAGACGAUAAGGUGGUACGAAUAUGGUCAAUUCCGGGCACGAACUCCACGCACUCCAACGGCUUCGGCACCUAA